CUACAACAUUUACAGCACUUCUUCCUACAGCAACAAAAUCACUGACAUCGACAGUAGCAGAAGUUUAAGAAAUGUUCAGUUCCUGUGUAACACAGCAUUACAUCUGUCCAAUCAAACAAAACACUGUGAAAUCUGAGCUGCUGCGGUGUGUUUCAAGCAUGUAUCUUCCAGCACUGCACAGGGAUGCUAUAUAAGCAUAUGUAGGCAGUUCUUUCAUGAGCACAGCUGAACAGACAGGAGUGAAAGCAGACUUCUGUCACACUACGGGCAGCUAAACAGCACAAUGGGUAUCCUGCUGAGCAGAAUCUAUGAAUCUUUGAUGGGAUUCAGUGGGAUGAAAGCAAGAAUCCUGAUGCUGGGAUUAGAUGCUGCUGGUAAAACUACAAUUUUAUACAAACUGAAGCUGAAUGAAGCCAUCACCACUGUCCCCACUAUUGGAUUUAAUGUGGAAACUGUGGAACCUAUGAAAAAUGUGUCCUUCACAGUGUGGGAUGUUGGUGGCCAAACAAAAAUCAGAGCGUUGUGGAGACACUAUUUUACAACCACUGAUGGCUUGAUCUUUGUGGUGGACAGCGCAGAUGCUGAAAGGUUCAGUGAAGUCAGAGAGGAGCUGAAAGCUGUUCUAGAAGAUGUUGAGAUGCGGACAGUACCUUUUGUGAUUCUGGCCAAUAAGCAGGACCUACCUGGGGCCCGACGUCCCUCAGAACUAGUGGAUGCACUUUGCUUAAGGAAACUACAUGGACAUGAGUGGCACAUGCAGGGAUGCUGUGCUGUGAAUGGAGAUGGGCUGGUGGAGGGACUGCAGAAACUAUCUGAACUGGUGAAACAGAACAAGAAAUAAAAGUUUAUCGUAGUGAUGACAGCAAGAACAAUGGACAGUGGUAUUUGUCAUUCAUUCUGAUUUAAUACCAGUAAAGCCAUGCAUUUCAUCUUUUGAACAUUUAGAUGGAAUAACAAACACAACACAUGUAUUUUACACUGUUUCAGCAUGAUUACCACAGAAUAUAUGGGCAGCAUUCUGCUUUUGAAUAAUAGAUUUAAAUUAUAAUAAGCCAAUGGCAAUGUUUUAUUAAUUUCAUUUCUAGCAUUUAAAUCUGUGCUGGUUAUUUUGUCACAUAUUGAUAAAAGUCUGUGUGCUUGGAAGUAUUUGAUGUGUUUUGCUUCCGGUACUGUUAUUUAUUAAAUAAAGUUUAGUACUUUUCAUUAAAAUUAUGAUCAGUGAGAAUCAUUUGA